AUGAUCAACAAGAACUGUGCAAACUUGGAACGCGCCACCUUUAAGGCUACCGUUGCUGACUUAACCAGAAAGUUGGAAAAACUGGCCACUGACUACCAGUCAGUAAUGGAAAAGCUUAAUAGCUUACUUGCCAAGCACGACGCCAGCACUACCAGAGCAACCUUUGCACCCACUGGUAAAGACUUGCUGAUAGCAUCUAAGCAUGCUCCAAAAACCCUGAUGAAUGAUGACAGCAGCAACAAUUGCAUCUGA